UCGAAUCUAGUGGGUAUAUUACUACUGGAGUGAGAGGUUCAACUCCGGAGAAAACGCCAAGGAAACUAGCAAGGACCACCCCCCCCACCCCCCACACACACACAAAAAAAAUCACAUUUUGUCAUUGGAUCCAUACUACUGCCCGGGAGCUGGAUUAAAUUGAGAGAAACAUUUAGUUGUUGGUUUAAUUCUCUUUGAAAAACACCGAAUAACGAUGGGUUCCCAAGCGUCCAAGGGAGGGGUAGCUGUGGAGGCGAAUGCUGCGGAUGCCGCCACCGUCAAACCGAAUGGACAGGAGAACGGCCAUGUCAAGUCCAAUGGGGAUGCCACAGACACGGUCGCUCCAAAUGGUUCUGCCGACGCCAAGGAGCCUGAAGUGGGUGCUGGAGGGGACGCCAUCGAGCCAGCGCCCGAUGGUGAGGCCGCCAAACCAGAAGGUGAGGCCGCUGCCAAGGAUAUCUCCAAGAAGAAGAAACAUUUCUUCCUGAAGAAAUCGUUCAACUUCAAGGGCCUGAAACUGAAGAAGACCAAGAAGGAGGAGGUGAAGGAGGAAGAGGAGGCGGCCGCUUCCGCUGAGGAGAAACCCGCAGAGAACGGAGCCGCUGUGGCUACGGAGGAGAAGAAAGCAGAGGAGGAGGAGGUUGUGGCGGCUGCUGCAGAUGCCCCUAAGGCCGAGGAGGCGCAGGUUAAAGCAGAGGAGGCACCUAAGGAGGAGGUAAAGGAGGCGGCUGCACCUGCCCCAGAGCCCACCAAACCAACAGAGGAGACCAGCUCGACCCCCGCGGCAGUAGCCCCCUCCCAACAGAAUGCAGAGUGAUUGUAUCUUUACCGACAACAAAGGACUGGGUGAACUGUUUUUCAAGAGAGAGAGAGAGAGAAAAUAGUUAUAAAUAUAUAUUUCUAUAUAUAUGUCUAUAUGUAUACAUAUGUAUGGAUAUAUGUAUAUGUAAAUAUAUACACAUUUAUGUGAGACUCCAUUGUGUCACUUUUGUCACGGUAACAAGAUGACAAGACUAGAUCCACUAGUUCACUUCCCUGGUUACGGCGAGACAGGGUCAAACCUGGUGGUAUUAUGUGCUGGUUGCUAUGGGAACAAUGGGAUUUCUUGGACCGCAAAGUGGAACACAGUUGUGGAUGGGAGUCGAGUUGACCCGUCUUUUCCCUAAAAACACCCGACCCAAGAAUAGGAUGCGUCCACGUGUAGGAAUGAACUGGACAGGACAGGACACCAACCCGAACACCACAUGAAAUGACUAUUCAUCCAUUUUUAGAAGAAGAAGAAGAAAAACAAGAAGAAGAAGAAGAAAAAAAACAAGAAGAAGAAGAAGAAGAAAAAAAACAAGAAGAAGAAGAAAUCAGAAAUUGAAAAAAAGAAAAAGAGAGACUUUGCCAACUUUCUACAUUCCUAUAUUUUCACCCCAAAUUUGAAGUAUUUUGUGGUGUACCUUUUAGAGAACAAUUUUAAAGAUUCAGAGAAGCUGUGUUUUGCAACUUUAGAUUUUUAUCUUAGUGGGGGUAAUAAAAAAAAUAAAAAUAAAAAAAAACACGCUUGAGUUUGAUAUGUUCAGUGUUGCAGUUUUAAAAGGAAGCAAGAGGAAUUGUUCAUCUGUCUGGUGUGUGUAAGCCUGACUCUACUUUAAUGUCUCUGUAAAUACAUCGGGACUUAUACUGUUCUUUAUUUAGCUAAUGUUGACAGAUGUUAUGGUUUUAUUGUAAAGUUGACAAUGGUAAAUAAAUGUUGGUUACCAAAAA